UAGUCACAAGGAGCCAGCAUUAAUGAGUGCUCUGGCAGGAAGCAAAACUUAUAGAGAAGCUAACAAGUUCCAAGGAAGACAGAGAUAAAACACAGACUUGAGCCACUUGUCCUUUAAGUAUGUUGAGACCCAGACUUUUAAGUGUGACUUCAUUGAUCUCAAAACCAGGAAUCUUGUGUUUGCCACUAUUCCAGUUGGUGCUAUCGGACUCGCCAUGCGAAGAAAAUGAAAUGUGCAUAAACUAUAAAGAUCAAUACACAAAUGGCUGGUAUAUCUGGUUCUUGCUGCUGAUUUUCCUGGUGGCUCUUCACUGUGGAGCAGUGCUCUUCUGCCUCCAGUGCUGGAUGAGGAGAUCCCAAAAUUGUUCUCCAAGACGCACUGUGGCUGUUUUUGCUGUUGGAGAUUUGGACCCCAUUUAUGGGACAGAAGCAGCUGUGAACCCAACUGCUGGAACUCACCUUCAAAUUCAAAAUACUGAACUGUAUCGUGUUCCGUGUUUUGGCACUUUAGGCCCUCCACCUCCAUAUGAAGAAAUUCCAAAAUCAAGCCGAUUUUAGAUCUGGAUCAUUAAUUGAAAAUAUUAGAAAUAUUUAAAAUUACAAAACGCUAAAUUUAGGAACGUACUGGGAAUUCCUGGAAAUCCAUUAACAUAGUCUACAAAAGGACAAACAGAUGAAAGAAUGAAUGUAGGAAAAUAAUUUGUGUUAUGGA